AUGGAUAAUGUUUCUGUUGUGAGAAUGUUCACUCUCUCUGGAUUUAAUGAGACAAUGAAUAUCAGACUUACCAUCUUCUCACUCACAUUAAUGUAUUACUGUAUGAUCAUAUUAAUCAAUGUGUCUCUGAUUGUGCUCAUUGUCUUGGAUGAAAACCUCCAUGAACCUAUGUACAUUUUACUGAGCAGUUUUUGCAUUAAUGCAAUUUAUGGGACCACAGGUUUCUACCCAAAAUUCCUGUUAGAUCUGCUGUCGUCUUCUCAAGAAAUCUCCUAUGAAGGAUGCCUUUUACAAGCUUUUAUCAUGUACUCAUUUGCUUGCUGUGAUUUGUCCAUUUUAGCUGUCAUGGCCUUUGACAGGUAUCUGGCUAUAUGUCGCCCUCUGCACUACCACUCUUUCAUGACUAAGAAGAGGCUCUCUCAGCUGGUGUGUUUCUCCUGGCUGACUCCUUUAUGCAUUUUUUCCAUCAGUAUUCUGCUAACAUCAAGACUGACCUUAUGCAGAUCAAAAAUUGAGAAGGUCUUCUGUGUGAACUGGGUAAUUGUUAAACUUGCUUGCUCUGAC